UGGCCUACCGUUAUUGGUCACCACUGCGCGCCACUGUGUAAUUCUUCAUCAAAUUUUACAGUUUCCGUUAGCGUUCCCUCCGUCAAAUGUUCAUUUUAUAAAUUAUUCCAAUAUACAAAGAAUUAAAUACAAAGAAGAGAUUAUAAUUAAAAAGAAAGAAGAGAAGGAAAAAGAAGGAAACAUAGAAGUUCGAAAAUAAAGCUCGAAUUUUUUUCGAACAAUUGUGUGCCCAGAAACGCGAUGGCUCAGUGUUAAACCGGAUGUCUUGGAUCAAAGCUUGGAACGUCACGGGUCCGUCAAGCCGGCCGGUGAUUCGACGAGCAUGAUCGAAAAGUCGAGGAGGGAUCCUACUUCGGAUUGUGAGGAGAUGGAGGUCGCAGCGCGGGAGAUUCAGGGAGGCCUAGUAGAAGCUACGGAUCCGAUUACGGAUAAGCAGCAAGUGAAGGAAACGGAUGGGAAUAAUAAAGAUGAAACAAUUGCAACAUCAACAACAACAACAACAACACCACCACCAUUGUCAGUCCAACCGUCGUCGCAAUCUCCACCAUCACCACCACCACCACCACCACUACCACCACAAGGAUCAUCAACAACAACAAUUUCCAGCGAAUCGAGUUUUACACUUUCAGAGAAGUUUGUUCCUGAAUGUCUUCUUCGAGAAGAAGAAGAAGAAAAAAAUAAGCAGCCCGAUGAAAAUGUUGAAUCAAAAACAAAGACGCCCAAUGGCGUCGUUUAUCCAACUUCUUUGUCAACGGCGUUGUUGCCAUCUUUGUCUUCCCUGUCUUCGUCGUCGUCGGCAUCACCGUUAUCGAGAAAGAGGCCAGCCGGUAGCGACUUCCUGUCGAUCGAAUCCGAUAUUAAGAGAAUCGGUGUCGAGAUGUCGGAAGAAGAGACGAAUCAGUUGAGAAACGAUGUAAAGAGACUUUCGCCUGUUGAGAUAAGUCUUCGCGAAUGUACGUUAGGUGAGAUUUUAUUGACUCCAGAUUCUCGAUCAUUUAAUGAGAAUGACAACAAUAAUAUGUCAGAAAAUUCACCAUUGUCUUCUAAUAACAACGUAUCAAGAAGUCGACGUAGUAGGCAUCAAUCAAUUCCAUUAAACGACAUCGUUACCGAAGUAGAUGAAGAUACUAUGUGGACACGUUCAAGGUCUAGGGUAUUUAAAAUAGACUCUACGAUUGAAAAUGAACAGGAGUGCUGUACAAGUAACACCGAAAUCACAGAUAAUAACGUUAAAUGUAAAUUAAAUUAUAUCAAGGAUAAAAUCAAUGGUAAGAAUGACGACGAAGAAGACGACGAAGACGAAAUCAAUGAACAAACUUCCUGUUGUUGGUCGUCGUCACCGUCAUUAGACAAGAAAAACAUUUUUUCUAGUGAAGAUAUUGAUAGGGUCAUUGAUGAUUCUAAGCCUGAAAGUUCUAACGUUAAAAAUACGAGAAAAGAGGAUAUAGAUUCUCUGCGUCAUUUGGUUGUCAUGCUGGAUCGUGUAGACAAAGAGAUCAAAGAUAAGUCGCCGAGUGUUAAGAAAUGUCAAAACAACGUUCUUGGUAUUACAAAACUGAGGAAGAUUCCUGAAGAAGAAGAAGAAGGAGAAGAAGAAGAAGAAGAAGAAGGAGGAGGAGAAGAAGAAGAAGAAGGAGGAGGAGAAGAAGAAGGUGAAGGUACAACUAAGAAGGAUAAGGUGAACAAGAAAACACAAAAGAGUACUCCGUUACCUCGUAAAUUGAUCGUAAUGUUAAAUCGUAUAGACAUAAAGGAAGAUAUUAACAAGGAAAAAGAAAAAGAAGAAAGUUUUAUUCGUAGUAAUACAGUCGAAUCUAUUGAUUCUCCGGUAAAUAGUCGAAGAAAAAAUGUCAAUUCAAUGGAUAAGAUGUGUACUCGUUCGUCAACCCUGCAAGAACGGUUACAGGAAAACAAUGUUGUAAAUUCGAGUGAUGAAUUCGCGGUAAAAAAUAAGGAAAACAAUGCAUUAUUAGAUAAUCAUUCUCUAACCGAAGAUCAACAUCCUGUAAGGGAGAAGGAAAAUAGUAAUGUCGAUGAGAUUAAAGAUUUACAGCCAGCCGAAGAAAUGGUUGAGGGAAUGAAAAUUGGAGUAUCAGAAACUCCGAGAACACUUCCUUCUUCGACGACGUCUAUUGUGGAUAAAUAUGACAGUCAAAUUUCAUUGGAGAUAGAUGAAUCGUCAUCUAACGAAGUUAAUCAUUACUCUAUGAGAAGUAAAACAAAAACUGUCGUUGAGGAGCUUGGUGAAAAGGAAGAAUUACGAAUUGAAAAAAAUAUUACGAGGAGAGGUAGCGUGGUACAGAUAUCUGGUAAAGACACGAUUUCUUGUGGUGUACCAGUGGUUAUCAAGAAAAUUGAAAAAGAGAUAGAGAUAGUAGUGGUAGCGUCUUCGUCGUCUUCAUCUUUGUCAAACGAAGAUGAUCGUCUGCGAAAUCUCGACUCGUCUGAUUUGGAUUCGUCCGAGACAGCGACACCAGGCUCACCCGGGGAAACACUGGAAGCUAAUACCGAUAUCCAAGAAGCGAUCGAUACCGAAACAGAAACUGAGACUGGAUCAGACAGUUCCGAGUUGCCAUCGUCAAUGUCGACGAGAGAAGAUAUCACCGAUGCAACCAAUUGUCCGGAAAAUGAGAACCUCUGUUGCGACGAGAUAGCUUCCGAGAUAAUAACCAGACUUGAACCAGAAAAGCCAGAACCAUUUACCGAGGAUUCCGCGGAGAGUUUGGCAUUGACGACUGGUGCAAGAGACGAAGUUAGAUCCGAUGGUAGCGACUCUGGCCUUGGAAGCGAAAUACCUGGAGAUCCUGGACCAGCCCCGGCUCCAGAAAGCGAUUCUGAGACUUCUUUUCUCGACAGAAUACCAGAUGAUAUUCUAUCCGACAAGGAAAAAGCUGUUAAUCAAUUGGAGGAGGCUUUUGUACCGGACACGAGUGUCUCUGGGGUAUCGCAAACGACAUUAACGACCUUUCGAAGCCCUUCGAAAAGCAAUCUCAAACGCAGACUGACCGACUGUAUGGAAGAAAGUGAACCAAGUCCUAAAAGAAGCAAUACUACCGAGGAGCCUAUCAAAAAGAAACGAAAUAUUCAUUUUGAUGCCGUCACCGUUUACUACUUUCCUCGAGCGCAAGGUUUCACUUGUGUUCCUUCACAAGGCGGUAGUACUCUAGGCAUGAGUGCAACGCACACGCACGCGGAAAGGUUUUCUCUUUCGGAGCAUGCGGCUGAGCAAAGGAGACUGCAUAGGGCUAGAUUGGCGCAACUACGUUCCGAACGUGCAGCUAAUUGUACUACAGAGGCUGCUUCUAGUUCGGAAGAUCCGAGCGAUGAUACAGACGAAGAACCUAGUGACAAUGAAGAACUCGAUAUCGAUAGUUAUUAUUUUCUACAGCCUGUACCAACGUGGCAAAGACGAGCGCUUCUUCGUGCAGCCGGUGUACGUAGGAUAGAUGCCGUUGAGAAGGACGAAUGUCGAGACAUCCGUGCAAGUCGAGAACACUGUGGCUGCGGAUGCAAGGGAUACUGCGAUCCGGAAAGUUGUCCUUGUAGCAGAGCGAACGUCAAGUGCCAGGUCGAUCGUGCCGGUUUUCCUUGCGGUUGUACCCGGGACGGUUGUGCCAACAGCUCCGGUAGAAUAGAAUUUAAUCCGGUAAGAGUGCGGACACAUUUCAUACACACAUUGAUGCGGCUCGAAUUAGAGAAGAAGCAACGCGACGAAGAAGGAACAGAUCAAGAGGGCACCGACAAUCAGACUAACAAAAGCGGACCAUUGCGAGACAUCAAUUUGGGUUCUCUAAUAGACAAUUCAAAUACGGAAGCGUGUAUAACUAGUGGUGGUUUCACAACGUUACAUUAUGAAAAUCAUGAUACCGGGAACGGUAGUACGAAUUGUCAAACAGAAGUAUCUGGUACGCGAGAAGAUAGUUUAGAUCUUUAUGCUAUAAGAGACGAUUGUUAUCCUAACGAAGAUACGGUUGAUGGUACGCAAGGUGGCCAAAGAAAAUUGCAUCCCGAAUUUAAUCAAACUUUUCAAACGUUUUCGGGCCAAACAGCAGGUGCAAAUAUGAAUUUUCAACAGACAGCUUAUCAGGAUUAUCAGGCUUAUACAAAUCUUCCUUCUACGUCUAGGGUGCAAUUUCAGUCGCAAUUUCAACCGGUGUCGGGAAGCCCAGGUUUCUCGCAUUACGCGGUCUAUGGUCAAGAUGGUACAUCUGUGCAGGAUAGUUGUCAGGUACAUCCUGGACAACAUUCUUCUUCCAAUUACGAAGCAAACUUCGCGCAAGACGAAUCGACCGGAUCGCAAUAUACAAAUUUGAAUUCCGUUCAGCCUAUGAACGGUGGAGUUCAACAGAUAGGUAAGCUAGAACCGUUCUCGGAAUUGCUAUCCGGUAGGUACUCGUAUUACGGCGAAAUAGAGCCGCAAGCGCAUGGUACUUAUCAUGGAAAUGGAAAUAAGGAAGGAGAAAAGAAUCAAACGACGGAUGAGCAACAAUCGCAAAGUACGGAAGAAUGUGACGAGAAUUUUGGAGAAAUCAUUAAAAAAUCUAUGGUGGAAACUGUGUCCGCUUAAGAUCUAUUCAUUUACGUUAAUAUGACGAGUGUUUGGUGGUUGUCGUCUAAUGGUGAUUUAAGCAUGACAAAACACGUCUCCUGUGUUGCAAUAAUUGCAUCUUGGUGACAUAUAUAUCCAUAUAUAUAUGUAUAUAUAUGUAUAUAUAUUCUCAAGAGUGUUUGAUAAUCCGUCGAUGAGUUUCGAUUAAAGCAAAGAAAAAACUUUCUUAAUAGAGAAAGAAAAAAAAGAAUAUUGGAACUGUGAUAGUUCCGUUACUUCUACACUGUGCGAUUAGAUAAAUCCGAUUUUAUUGUUGUUCGUGAUUUUUCGAAAGAAUGAUCUUUUUCUUUCGUGAAGAAUCACUGACGAUGAACGAUGAGUCCCAUGGAUAUCGUUAGAAAAAAUAUUGCGGCUACAUAUGCGUCCGCCCGGGAUGGAAAUCUUGGAACGUCCUUCUUGAAUAGUUUAUAUCGAAAUCCCCUGGAGUAUUUCUUCGAAGUUGAGAAAAUGUUGACGAUGAUGUUAGAUACAUUGGAAGAAAUAUUAUAUCGAAGCAAUGCCAAGAGAAUCUGGGGCCUCGCCUGAUAUUUCGCCGAAGGAUUAUUUCAAUAAGAAGAAGGUCUCCGUCGAAAAUCUUUUUUUUUUUGGAGAAUGGAUACUCGUUUGAUGCAGAACAAUUGAAAUAAAAUCUUAUAUAUAUAUAUACAUAUAUAAAAAAAAAGAAAGAAGAAAAAAUAAAUAAACAAAAAGAACAGAAUGAGAAAAAAAAAGGAAAAGAAAAAUGAAAUAAAAGAAAAAGAAAAUGGCGGUUAUGUUACCGAAGUUAGAGUAGGUAAUUAACGUGGUUGUGACCAAAUAAAAACAACAUGGGAUCAGCAUAGAAAUGCGGUUUAUAAUUAACUAGCGAUAUAAAUACUUGUAAAACGUAGCUCAGAGCGAACCGUAUGUCUCUUUUUAAAAGGGAUACUUUGGAUUAUAUAAGAAAAA